AUGGGCACGUACAACCUAGCUGCUCAAAACACACCGGAUAAGGCCAAAGACAUCAUCCUCAUCCGAACUCAGGACGAGUUUAAUGCAUCGUGGAAAAUGGCGGCUUCGGAGAUCUAUGAGAUGGUCGAGACCGAGGCAACAUCGUCUCAAAUCCAAAUGAGAGUAGAGAUCCGCAACGAAGAAAAGAUGUACUGGGAUGUUUCCGACUUUAUCAGGGACGAUGCUGCAGUCAACACUAUUACUCGAAUUCAGCCGUCUGUCUUGGCUGCUGUUGAGCAAUACUGCCCUGGGAAGUGGACAUCGAUCGCAUACCACAACCGCAGAGCUCCGUUCUACAACAGCGAAAAGAAAAUCACAGCCAUUGUUUUUAUUGAACCAGGCACGAUUUAUGCAUGGCAAGACUUUGAAGAAGUCAUUGCCAACGUCAUCAGAUCUACUACUUUUAAUGGAGAGGUUGCUAUUUCUAUUGAGAUACUACCAGGGCGGAUUUUACCUGCACAGCCAUCUGAGGAUGCGCUGGAGUAUUUGAGGGUAAGCAGCAUACCAAUGGUUCCAUCGAACGGGUCAUCGAUUGCGCCAGCGUUGAGUACAGAUGCAGCAGGAACUCUUGGUGUUGUAGUGAACUUUCGUGACGGUCGUGAAGAGGAGGUGAAAAGAUGCUUCCUCACCUGCUACCAUGUGAUAGCACCCGGCGACCCAGCUGGGAAAGAAGUUAACGACUCCCGUGGUAUUGGUUUAUACGGGAGGAGGGUUGAUGCCCAAAUCAACAUUCAUUACCCGGCCAGAUACGAUUCUAUACAAACAAGGAGGGUUUGUAUGGCUCGCGUCGCACAUAAUCAAGGGACUCAAAAAGAUCAUGAUAUCAUUGAACGUCUUCGCCAAAUUGCUGCUCGGGGGCCUAUUGGCCAAGUCAAAUUUGCGUCAGGUUAUCGACUGCUGGCUAAUCGUCGAAGGAUGGACUGGGCUUUGGUAGAACUCGAUCCCGCACUCCUGGUGCAAAACCUCUUACCAAUAGAAGAACAGUUUAAAGAUGAGUGUUUUGUUAGGAUCGAACCUCGCUAUGUUGCACAAGAAGGUGAAACUGUCUCGGGAACUAACACCAUUAUUGCGAAUACUUGGUACGGGAAGGUCGGCCGAACCUCUAAGUGCACCGCUGCAGAGUUCAAUGGGAUCCAGCGGAAUAUCUCGUGGGGUAACGGCUUGUUCUCCGAUGAAUACGAAUGCAAAUCGUUGCAUUCAGGUGAGCAAUUUGCAAGGGGGGGGGAUUCAGGAUCGUUGGUAUUCAAUUUAGAUAAGGAGUGGGUGGGCAUGCUAUUCGCUGCCGAAAAGAGUACAGAAUGUGGAUUUGUCACACCCGUCUACGAGCUUAUUAAAGAUAUUGAGGAGACAACUGGGGGAACGAUCACGCUUGCCUAAAUAUCUUCGUCGUCUCUUUUGCGGCGUUUGUGGCAGGUUGCGGCAGCUUCUGCUUUGCCUGCGGGGGGGGUUAGCUGGUGUUCUGGGGAGUGAAUGCUGGUCCUGUGCGUUCGAGGGAAGGAUAUCGGAGACAUAGCAGUCGCAUUUUCGACCUGUGCUGAUGCAGCGCUGGCAUGCGGGUUUGGAUUCAUCGCAUGACUCGUCGGAUUCUAUAUAUGCAUAUAUUAAUAUUGCAGAGUGCCAGAUGCAGAGGGGUUGAGGAGGAGGCCUAC